AUGAAUCAUCCACCCGGUGUCCCUCUGAAACCAGGCCAACACUGGGUUCUGGCGAAGACGAUAAGAUAUGCGUCUGAGCGCCACAAGGGGAUCUAUCUCUGGCAUCAACUUGACGUUGACAACAGCAUCAUAGGACAACUCGUCCUUAAGCACAUCCUUGCCGAUCCAGUCGAUAAUGUCUUACCCGCCGGCUCGCCUGGAGAAGGCCAACUCCGAGAAGUCUAUAUCGCACCCCUAGCAAUGUGGACAGAAAAGGGCUGGGUGAUCUAUAUGCCAUAUUUUGCCUUUGGAAACCUCACGGACUUUAUCAAGGCACAGGAUGUCAGGAUCCCUGAGCCCUUUGCUUGGUACUUGUUCCAGAGACUCGCCAAAGCUUGUGUGUCUAUGAAGGAGAACAUUGGUUACCGCACUGUCGAUGGCAGAGGUCGUGACUACAAGAUUGUACAUGUCGACCUUCACCCGGAUAAUAUCUUCUUGGGUGCACCAGGUUGUUUAGGACAACAUGCACCCUUUCCAAUUUAUCAACCAGCUUACAUUGGCAACUUUGGACGUGCACAAAUCGCUCACAUAGGAGAAGACACGAGUCAGAGAAAGCUCUGCGGAUGGUGUCGACCAGAGUGGGCGGCUCUAGAACUUUUUGGUUACAACUACGAUGGUGAGAUCAGCCCGCGUGAAGAAUGGCAAGUGGAGCUCUCGUCCUAUACGAACAUCUGGCAAAUUGGCUACAUCAUGCUGCGCGUUCUUCAGAGAAACAUGCGUACAGCAUCCAUACCAUGGGAUACGAUGAAGAAGCAUGAGUGGACCCCAAGUUAUGUAGGUGAUCCACCUUCCACGGAGAAAUUGCAGCAUUACAGCAAUGAGCUUUUAGUUCUCAUCGACCGUUUUUAG